UACUUUCCGUACCCACUGUAUGUAUUGAUCACAACCUGAUAAAGGUAGCACUGAAACAUUGUGUCAAUGCAUAUAGCUUGGUUUUUUUUUGCCAGUUAGACAGAGUGCAGGAGUUUUCUUUGUAACUUUUGACCUGUCUAUCCCCCUCUGACGCACCUGUCUCUCCCUUUAGAGGGUGGUGGGAAUGAGGAGUUCAUAUAAACAGCUCAGGCAAACACUUGUCUGUCUGUGAAUUUUAUUCAAGUCUUCUGCAGAAGGAACUCUCUGGGACACACACGCAUCAGAGUAUCAUCCGAGUGAGCUGCAGUGUCUCAGCACAUGCAGGUUUUAACCUAAUCUCAUCAAGGGAACAUGUCUGAGUGCUCCCUAGGGGACACUCAAUCUGGAUUUAUCGUAAGACAAUCAUGCCCAGGUACAUGUGGUGAACCACUUAAAGUCAUGACCCCCCUGGACACCUCAUAAAGCAUCACGCACAUUUAUUCUUCCAUUGACCCCAUACCCAAGAGACCAGAGGCCCCCAAUGAGUGAGAUUAGUUACAUGGCAGUGUUUGGAGAUGGGUUUUCAUGGAAUUCCCAUUACAAAGGUGCAAAGUAAUUAACAGUUCUGAUUACAUUCAAUUCUUAUAAGGAUCAGAUGCUGAUGUUCGACAACAGGGCCUGGCUCGCAAUCUCCUAUAUAUUUUACCCAAAAGGUGUUGAUAAGGUUAAGGUCCGGACUCUGUGCAGGCCAGUGAAGUUCUUCCAUACCAAAUUGGGAAAAGCAUUUCUUUAUGAAGUGGGCUUUGUGCAUGGGGACAUUUUCAGUUUGUUUCAAACAGGAAAAGGGUCAAACACAAACUGUGGGGAGAACUAUUAUCUAAAAUUGUAUGCUGUAGCAUUUUGAUUCCCCUUAAGAAAGACAACACCUUGGGAAAAAAACAGCCCCUACCAAAAGCACUGGGAUAGGGGUGCCCCAAUACUUUUGUCCAUAAAGUGUGUAUCAGAAGUUGGUAAACUAGGAUUCUUAUUAUUAUGUACUUACCACUGAGAUCCACUAGACGCCACCAUUCUCUCAGGCAGUGAGCCAGAGGACACCACCAACACAUUUCAGAAUGCUUUUCAUUACAUGAGUAACUUUAUUCCCCAAAAGACGAUAUAUCUUUCUACUGUUGCAUCUUAUAAAGUUGAAGCUCUUCUUUCCAUACAUGGCACAAAUUCUAACUCAUACAGAUUUAUAAAUAUUAAUGUUGCUGGGAGAGUGCAUUGUGCUGGCGCUCAAGUCAUUUCACUUCAAAAAGAGGUUUCAUAGGCAGAGGGAAAUGUUUACAUGCCAAGGCAAGUGUGACAUAAAAAAGAACAGCAAAAUGUACCUAGAAUAAUUGUGAUUUUGCUCUUAGAAAUGUAUAUUAGGCUACAUAAUAUUAAAUCAUAUUAUUAAUACACAAUUAAUAUUACAACACUGCAAAUUUCGCAUCGUUCAUUAAGUUCAUAUCUGUGGCCUAAAAUGAAGCAAAAGGUGAACAGGUGUUCAUCUGAUUUUUGGAUUUGGGACUUUCCACGCUGCUGCUGUGCAACCAUAUAUCACCCUGCUCACAGAAAUCCUGCCUGCAUACUCUGUGAAUCCAGUGAGAAGCUUUGAAUUCCAUUUUUUAAACAGUGUAUAAGAAGAAACACUGCAAUGCAGCAGACGUGGGAACCCCUUUUUAUAUUGUUUAGCAAAAAAAAAUAGGCCUACCCUGGGAGGCGGGGCAGGUACAUCUAUGUUUAUUAAAGUAACGGUGGAAAACUUACAUAAAUGGCAAGGCGGGCAGUCCAUACGGCAAAAUAAAUCCAUAAUACAGAAACCAAAAGAAAAGCAAUAAUCCAAGCAGGGAAGGCUGGCGACAAAAACAAAACACAAAAAUCCACAAAGACAGGCACGGAAAGCAAAAGUUUAGACAAGACACAAGAGGACACUUCAAAAUAAGGAAGAAAAAGACUUCAAAGAAUUUGAAUUGUUAUCAAAGAAUUGCGACCCUUCUCGACGCUCCUGCCUCCUUGCAGCUGGCUCAACUGUCAGUUAGCACUAAUGCGGAUAAACAACGCUAAUGCUGCUGGCAGCUGAUCUGCAACCUUUACGGCCAACUCCAACACACCUGCUCCCUACAUACCUACACCACCCCCUAUCUGGCUGCUUCGGCCAUCAAUCUCUUUAACAAUCCCUGCAUAAUGCAAAUGCCUCUGGGUCCCAAAGUUCAACCCAGGGACAGUGUGGAGUGCCCAGUUUAAAGACAAAGAAGUGACUCCUGCCAACCCUGGGGGAAUGCUUCUGUCGCUGAUGUCUCAGUCAAUGAGCUACAGGCCUGAACAGAGUAGGACCAUAAUGAACAACGACUUAGAGAAGUCCACAGACAUGCACAUUAGCAGAACCAGAGAAGAGGAGGUGCUUCUCUGCAAACCAAUGCAUCAGUCGAUAGACCAGGGCACUCGCUCUACCAGCACUCAAAGGGAUGAGUUUCUCUCCUCAGGCACAGGGAAGGCCUCCCACCCACGCUCCUCAAGCUCUGCCUCUCUAGCACAUAGACACACAGAUAUUGAAAGUGGAAGUAGCUCUUUGGACUGGUCGUCAAACUACAAAAUUCCAACUGUUGAUGACUCUAAAUUUUGUCCAUCAUCUGCUUCGUCUAACUGUGCAAGCAGUGGUGCCUCUGAAUUAGCUGCUAACAUCCUUCUGCAAUUUGGACUUGAAAAACAGGACUUGGACUAUCUCAUUUCCCUCCCCGAAGACCAGAUUACUCCUGAUAACCUGCCACUCAUCUUGCACCAAAUACACAAUCAGAAGGCCAAGAGUGCUACAACAGCAGUUCAGUCAGUACCCUACCCCGAACCCCAACCCAACAGAAGCGUGAGUGGAACAGACAGUCACAGUUCGAGUACUUCUGGGGGGACAGGGAUGUGCCGGGAGGAAACAGCUGUUCUCCAGCCGAGUAAAGUGAUUGACUAUGGACGAUCAACUUCUUCAAGGUCUCGUUUUCACUCCCCAUUGUAUGACCGUCCGACCUUCUCCCGCUAUCGGUCACAUUCAAGAAACCCUGAUAGACAAACGUCACAGAGGAUGAGAGAUGAGAAACAGUCCUCGCCAAGGAGGAAUGACGACAGACAAGCAUUUCCAAGGAGUAGCCGUGAGAGACGAUCGCCACCAUGGAGGAACCAUGAGAGGCAAUCGUCUACAAUGGGUUCAUCCCCUCGACGAAAGAAGUCAAGCAGUAGUGAGAUGCUGAAUGCACCUGUUUUCAAACAGUCUGACCUGGAGGCCGGGGUUAAAGCUCUGGUUCCUACCUUAUGGGAAGAGCUACACAAGAUGAAUACCCCCUUAUCAUCAUCCUCAUCUUCCAAAGGUACUUGUAGCUCCUGUGGGACUGAGCCUGGUCCGAGUGCUUUGAGUUCUUCUAAUCCACACCUAGGAGCAGAACCCAUGGCGAUCAGCGAAAGUGACCGUAAAGGGACUCCCCAUUGCCCAGAUCAACGCAUCGAAGUCACAAAGAAAAUUGUCUUUCUGCAGUUCCUCGACUACGACAACAACAGGAUCCAACACCGGUGUUAUCCAGAUCACAAGAUAUGGUCCAGGAUUUGCUGGUGCAGAGAGGGAGAGAUUCCAGAGAGACAAGAUGGAAAACUCCCUUCUGUGUCCGUGUGGAACUGGAACACAGGACCCGGUAUCCUCAGACAGUCACAACUCCUGUGCACCCAGUACCCACCAGAGCAUCACCGGAUGAAUCGACUGAGGUGUGCACUGCAGAUCUACCAACACCCAAGGGGAGCCUGGUGCCUGAUCGAUUGCAUCGACAGAAAUGAGGUACUAAUUCGGCAGUACGUUCUGACACCCAAUCCGGCCAUGUUCCAGAGUCAGUCAGAGAGCGUGGACUGUUGGAGAGAGGGGUUAUCGGACUUUCCAUCAAGACAGUAUCCUUUCUUUGCAAGAGAGGGUGUUGUGAGAAUGAGAAGUGUGAAGAAAGCGACACAGGUUCUGGUCCUUGGGGGGCCUUCAUAGAAACCGUUUGACUGCCUGACACAUAUAUACAAGCCACAUGGUAAAAUGAUGAUUUGCCUGUGCUUUAAGACUGAUUAUUGUUAACUGCUAGGCUCAUAUUAAAUUAAAGUACUAAAAUUAAGUUUUAAAGAUGUUUUAUUUGAAACAUUGUUUUAUAUUUUACUAAGAAGUGUUUCUCUGCAGUGUCUUGUGCCCUGACCUUUGCUUGGCCUCUAGAGACCUUUGGUUGUACAUGAUCAGGUCUUAGAUUAGAUGUUGAUUUCCAGUAAAGAGGAAGCUAAAGUGCGCUCUAGCUGGAAACUAAAUACUCAAAAUAAAAAAAAAAAGGCAUCCUUUAAGACAUACUAGCAUAUGUCUCGUUCACAUGAGGGAAAGUGUGAAAAGAGGUGUGAAGAUAAGGGGAAGAUCAAGUUUUGCCUCUUAAGUUUAUUUAAUUUUUCUAGUAAAAAUUGUAUUUUUAGUAAACUUUAAGACUUGUCUUCUGUAAUGAUGCAUUCCCCGAUGACAUCAAAAUAACUGUUUUGAUCAGAAAAAGUGCACCAUUUGCUAAUGUGACCAACCAUUUCUCUCCUUUAUGAAGUCAGAAAGACUUGAAAUGAGUGUUGUCAUAAAUUGGUUUAAUGUUUAUCCUGAAUUUGGAGUGAUGCAUUUAAGACGAUUUUUAUUUGUGCAUGCAUUUAAGGUUGUAUAAGAGAAGAAAUGCUCAUUUGUUUUGUGGCUUACUAAAUUUGGCCUUUAUGCAUUGGAAAUUUGAAACGAUUAUAUUGACAUAAUUUGUAGAGACCUGAUAUGUUUUAUUAUUUGAUUUGAUUAUAUAUUUGUGAACUGGAGCAAAUCGGCGUUGCAACUACUGGACAGGAGGACCAUCUGCCUAUUAAAGGAAAAAAUAAUGCGAA